AGAGAGGUUCAAGCAGAGAGGAGGGAUUUCAUCUCAGUCCUGAACUGUUGCUUUUUACGGAACUUUAAGUCUGGGCUCUGAGUGGAGUAUGUCGGAUUGCUAUAAACACACCUGCCGUGAACUCUUUAGGACUCCCUACCUCAGGCAAAAAAGGUGAAACAGCUCAUAAAGGAACAACUAAUUAUUCAUUUGUAGUAGCAAAAACUGAAAUGACACUGCUUCUUGGAUGUACAAGUCAGCUCUUUUGACCUGGCUGCCUAGUACAAUGCUGGAAUUUAUUGGCUGAUAAGGAGCAGGAGCAAGAGAAAGCAGAAAAUCUUCUGUUUUUAAUAUUUUUCUCUAUUAAGACAGAGGUAAAAUAUGAUUUCUAUUGGUCUGAUUUUUUACAAAUGUUUUACGGUACAUACCUUCUACAGUACAACUUGUAAUUUUUUGCAUGUCUUAACAAACUGGUAUUCGUUCUAGACAUAAACAGUAAAUUAGUUAGUUACUUAAUUAGCUAUCUUUAUAGUUUAAGUUAAUUUAAUAAUUUUCUCUUCAAAGUUCACGCUUGCUUGGAAAAUAAUUGCUAUCAAACUGGAGCAGUCUUAUAGACCUUAAUAAGUAUUUAGAGCACCAUGGUUAGCCCGUCUUUUCUACUCCAUGUUGUCCUGGCUGCUUUACUUGGGUGCUCCUCAGAGGCCCAGGAUGAGGCGAUCACAGCGAUGGACAUGCAGCUGACCAAUCGGACAGCUGAUCCCACCAUGACAUCAGGGGGACCUCUAAUACUUAGCUCACCUGCAGGAGAAACAGUGGACGAAACAGUCCCUCCCACAGGUACCCGCUGCCAGGGUUAUUAUGAUGUGAUGGGCCAGUGGGACCCACCAUUUAAUUGCAAUGCCGGAAUCUUCCUGUUUUGCUGUGGUACCUGCUUUUACCGGUUCUGCUGCCAGUUCCGUCAGCAACGUCUGGACCAGACUUCAUGCUCCAACUACGAUACACCAAUUUGGGCCAACACAGGUAAACCUGUGGCCACUAUUACUGAGGUGCACUCAGAGCAUGAGAGGGACCGCACGCAAAUGAUUGUCUACAUAAUCUGUGGUGUGGUGGCCAUCAUGGUUUUGGUAGGCAUCUUCACCAAGUUGGGUCUGGAGAGAAGGCGAGGUGGACAAAAUGAUGUCACAAGCUCAAGGACCCUGCAGGAGCUGCUGAAACAGCCAGGUGGGGAUGUGAGCCCUGGAGAUGUGACCAUUAGCAGCAACAGCAACAUUGGGGUCAAUGGCAUUUCAGCUCGGAUGUUACGCAGCUGCAGUGAGCAAUAUCACCUCAGCAACACAGCAUUCAGUCCAAAGGUUGGACAAUCUCAUCCACAAAGCAACAACAGUCUACCUGGCCUUACACAUAAGUAUUCCUCACUGAAGGCUGUUGCAGACACAGCCAGCAGAGGUUACUAUAAGAGUUAUCCUCUCAUGGAUUUCUCUCAAUACCAAACUCUUUCUGCACCAUUUCAACCCAUCCCAGCACAGCAAAAAGACAAGUCCUAUUUUCAUCAAGACAAGACCUACGUGCAUGAAGCUGUGCCAUCCCAUGAUGUCCACUCUGCUCUUUCCAUUUCCAUCCCAACCAGGCAACUUGAGAGGAGCUGCUUUCGAAAGACCAUCGCUAAUCCCUCACACCUUAGCUCAAGCUUCACAGUAUGUGACUCUGCACCCCGCCACGUCCAUCGGCAGACCUCACACCCGGGACAUCCUGGUCGCCGGCAGACAUAUGUUAAUAGAAGGCAAUACAGCACAGAGAAGCUUCCUGAGCUUUUCUCACAGCCCAUGUCAUAUGAAGGGUCCUCACCCUAUCCUCAAAAACACAAGAAAUUUCAAACCAACAGCAAAACUGAAGUCACUGUCUAAGAGGGUUAAUUUUAUUCACACACACACAUACACACACACACACACACACACACACACACACACACACACACACACACACACACACAUACACACACACACACACACACACCAUUCCAUUGUGUUGUCAUAAUCUGAAUAGUUUAUGAACAGUCUAUGUCCUCUGGUCCUCUCUGCUACAGCACAAUGUCCCACAAACACAGCAGUAGGAGUUUUGAAAAUGUAUUAUUGGGAAAAGCUCCAUAUGUUGAUACAAUUUAUCUGAUCAACUAAACUCAGGCAGAAGCCAGCACUAAGCAAAAGUAGGCAUCAACCUGAUCUCUUUCACAGAGGUAUGUAAGAGGCCUGGGAUGCAUAAAUUGAGGAUGGCUAGAGGGACACAUUCACUGUGGGUCUUAUAAUUAUAUAUGUGUAUAUAUAUAUACACACACACACACACACACACACACACACACACACA